AUGAUUUCACCAGAAAUAUUACCUCGUUUAGAAUAUCUUCGUCCAUUAACAUAUUUAAUACUUGCAGAUCAUAUUAUUCAACAACAUAUAAAUUUAAAAUAUUUAAAAUUAAAUUUAUAUGGUUAUUGGACAUUAGAAAAAUUAGAUUCAUUUUUUGCUUACAUUCCAAAUAUUAAAAUUUUUAAUCUUUCAUCAUCAUUUGUCUUCUAUAAUCGAUCAUAUUUAAUAAUCGUUAUUUUAUAUAAUUGGAUAAUUUAUUUAUCAAAUAUGUCAACUCGAUUAGAAUCUUUACCAAAUGAAUUAUUAAUUGAUAUUUUCAUAUAUUUUGAUAUUUUAAAUUUAUAUAAUAGUUUUUGGGGAUUAAAUCGACGAUUUAAUAAACUUGUUUGUUCAUUAAAAAAUAUUUCUUUAAUUAUUAAAGAAAAUAAUUUUUUAUCAAUUGAAUUAUUUGCUCAUCAAAUAAUUCGAUUAAAAAUUGAAACUUCACAAUCAAUUGAUUUAAGUCAAUUUAUUAAUUUAAAUUCAUUAGAAUUAUGUCGAGCAAAUCAAAAUCAAUUAGAACAAAUUCGAUCUGAUAUAAUGCCGAAUUUGAUUUAUCUUACAAUAUCAACUCCAUUUCAUAUAUCAUUACCAUUAGAAUUAAUAAAAGAAAUAUUUUCAAAUGGUUUUCGUUUUCUUCAUUAUGCAUAUUUAAGUCGUUUAGAUACAUUUGAAAAUUUUUCAAAAUUUCAAUCAUUUUCUCUUCGUACAUUAUAUAUAACUUGUACAAAUUCAAAUAUUAUUCCUUUAAUUCUUCAAGCAUGUCCAAAUCUUAUUUCUUUUCAUAUAAAAUUUUUUGGUCAAAAUCGUCAUAUUCUUCCACCUUCAUCAUCAACAUAUAAUCAUUUAUUAGAAGAAUUUUUUCUUGAUGAUCCUUAUCAUAAAUUAUCAUUUGAUACAAUUCAUAUACUUUUUCGUUUUAUACCAAAUGUAAAAUAUUUAUUUUUACAAUUUUUAUGUCGUGUACCAUUUAUAAAUCUUAUUGAAAGUAUUUUAAAUCGAUUAGAACAAUUAAAUCGUUUUGAAUGUGAUAUUUUAGAAUCACCAAAUAAUCAUAUGGUUAAUAUUGAAAUAAUUCAACAAAUGAAUGAAUGUUUUCAAUAUUUACAAUGUAGUGAAAAAGAUAAUGGUUAUCGAGUAUUUUUUACAGAAUGA